CAGUGCCUGGGUGCAGAUCCCUGUAAACGCGGGCUCACAGACCCCUUAUUCCCGCGGGCCUGCUGAGUGGAAUCGGGGUGUUCGCCAAUUCUCCUGCUGUCUCCAAGAUGCACAACUUGUCGCUCUUCGAGCCUGGCAGGGGCAAUGUGUCUUGCGGCGGCCCAUUUUUGGGCUGUCCUAACGAGUCGAACCCAGCGCCUCUGCCACUGCCGCAGCCUCUGGCGGUAGCAGUGCCUGUGGUCUACGGGGUGAUCUGCGCGGUGGGACUGGCGGGCAACUCCGCGGUGCUGUACGUACUGCUGCGCACGCCGCGCAUGAAGACUGUUACCAACGUGUUCAUUCUCAACCUGGCUAUCGCGGACGAGCUCUUCACCCUCGUGCUGCCCAUCAACAUCGCGGACUUCCUGCUGAGGCGCUGGCCCUUCGGGGAAGUCAUGUGCAAGCUCAUCGUGGCUGUCGACCAGUACAACACUUUCUCUAGCCUCUACUUCCUCGCCGUCAUGAGCGCAGACCGCUACCUGGUUGUCCUGGCCACAGCCGAGUCGCGCCGGGUGUCCGGGCGCACUUAUGGUGCAGCGCGGGCUGUCAGUCUGGCGGUGUGGGCGCUGGUGACAUUGGUCGUGCUGCCUUUUGCGGUAUUCGCCCGGCUGGACGAAGAGCAGGGUCGGCGUCAGUGCGUGCUGGUCUUCCCGCAGCCUGAGGCCUUCUGGUGGCGCGCCAGCCGUCUGUACACUCUAGUGUUGGGCUUCGCCAUCCCGGUGUCCACCAUCUGCGCCCUCUAUAUCACCCUGUUGUGCCGACUGCGUGCUAUCCAGCUAGACAGCCACGCCAAGGCCCUGGACCGUGCCAAGAAGCGCGUGACCUUGUUGGUGGUGGCGAUUCUGGCUGUGUGCCUCCUCUGCUGGACACCGUACCACCUGAGCACCAUAGUGGCGCUCACCACCGACCUCCCGCAAACACCGUUGGUCAUCGGCAUCUCUUACUUCAUCACCAGUCUGAGCUAUGCCAACAGCUGCCUCAACCCUUUCCUCUAUGCCUUCCUGGACGACAGCUUCCGCAGGAGCCUGCGGCAGCUGGUGUCAUGCCGCACAGCCUGAUGCCCUUUCGUCCUGAGGCUGCACUGUCAGCUGGGUUCAGGGUACCCCCUCCCCCCUCGGGGGUGCGGUUCCCAAGCGCAGCCCCUUCCAGGCAUUCGGUACCCCAGGUCCUACCCAGGACUGAACGGAGAUUUGCCCAGCCCCGAGCUGAGGCUGGUACAUAGCAUAUCUGAGGACAGCUUGGGGUCGGGGCACUUGACUCUUUUCUCCCUACAGCUAAGGGCAGAGCUUGACACCAGAACUUAGGGUGAGUGGUGGGGCGGUGUUGUUGGAACAUGAUUCUAACUCUCCCUCUAUUUCCCUGUGAGUAGGCUGCUCCCAGGAUGUCCGAGGCAUUUCUCUCUCAGGUGCCUCAGUGUUAGCCUGUGUAUUUUGCUUCUUUGCUUUCUACCACGGACGCCAGUGCUUUUGACCUCGCUGGUGUCUGGUGCUGGUAAAUAACUUGGCCUGACCCUUCUUAGGUGCACUCUAACUGCCUGGGAACACGGCGAAGGCCAUGCCUCAUUAGAGGUGUAUGAGUGGUGGUGGGGUGGUGAUGGUGGUGAUGGUGGUGGUGGGGGUGGUGAAGGGGCUAGAACUCGGCUAUGACUGACAAAAAUAGAGAUAACCACUCACUCUGUAUACUCCACAACUGGUGUCAUGCCGUACAGCCUGAUACCCCUUCAAAUAAUUGCUUUUCUAUUUUGGAUCCAUAUCGCCCUCAACAGAGACAUCACCAGAGAGCGAGGUUCCAGCGCCCUCUAGAGGAGUCAGGUGUCCAGAGAGUUUCUGAGCUUUUUUUUUUCCGGGGGCGGGGGAUGCACCAACCAACUGAUCUUCUUAUCUUGGUCCUUUCUGCAAAAUAGACCAAAGUUUCCUUCCUGCUUCAUAGUCUUCACUGGCUUCCCAUAUGACUCGGGUCACUUCCUUGUAAUUGUUAGUGUGUACAGUUUUUCAGGAGCAAGAACUCUGUAAAUAAUACAUAUAGCUUAAUCUCACAGGCUACUCAAUUUAGAGGAUUAUAAAAAAUAAAAGAUGAGACCUGUUCCGACUCUGGUUCCCCUUCCCUCAAUAUUCUUCCAGGAUCUCCCUUCAGUGAGAUCCCGCCUUGGGAACCGCUUUGUAUUCCUAGCCUUUUCUUGUCUGGACACUUGGCUGUGUUCUAACCAGAAGGAACUGCUAAGUUUUGUCCAAUUCUAGAGGAUAGCCGCUGAAUGCCUGGUGAACAUGUGUUUCUGAUUACACACAGAUCAGUCCGCACCUACCUUUAUCUCUUUAAUCGCUACCUAUGGAAGACACGCUUGGAGGAGGAAUCUCCAAUUCGCAACACAGACAGGAGGCCUGGAAUAGCCAGACUCACCAACGAUUGCAUGUUUUAAAUGAUAUGUUUACAAUGACCCCCAGGAAGAAAUGAUAUGAUUUUCAAGUUUCUUUUCCUAUGGGAAAGUUUGGUUUUAUGUGGAACCAUGGUGUUAGUAGAUUUUGUUUAUCUAGUUUGGCAUGUAAGCCAAUUUCUCAGUUAUUUACAGUCAACGUCCCCUUCAAAAAUAUGUGGGAGGGAAAUACUCUCUCUUACAAGAGGAAGGAUAAGCUUCUCUCUGAUUUUGGCGUAUGAGAAUUGGCUCCUUAGCUGUCAGAGUUGUGGGAAGAUUGAGAUAAUUUUCAAGUAUAAAUAGAGAAAGUUAAUCUAGAGGUUUGAAGUUAGGGUUUUAAAAUUGAGCAACUGGCGGGUUGACCAGGGCGACGGAUAAAGAUGGACACAGUGGCACUUUGACUACAGACGCAGCUAAACACUGUCACAUUAAUUGGAAACACAGUCUUCACACAUACAGCAACAGCACAGACCAGAGGAAGGUCCUGGUAGUUUUCUGUCUGUCAUAUCACCACUGCUAGAGAUGGGUUUAUGUCUGUUUUGUAGUCUCUGGAUGCUGCCAGAAAAACACAGGGAGAGAUAUAACUGUGUCCAUCACAGUGCAGCACAGACUGGCAGUUUAGUUUGCACAAAGAGGAGUAAAUAUCAGUGUUACACUAGCUUACUAAGCCCAUGGUGAUCACUGUAUCACCUACAGGCUGUCACCUUUCUGUGAGCAUUUGGGCAGUAUGCCAUAUACAUAACCUUUUCUCUCUUGAAUAGUGCAUAGAAUAAAUAAACAGGAGUAAAAUUAUAAGUCCAUGAUUCUUACAGUCUUUGUGUAAACUAUUUUGUUUGGCUUUACAAUUUCUAAUAUCUAAAAGAGUGGAUUUGGUUUUACUUACUUUAGUAUAAUUGCAUAAUGUGGUGUUUAUGCUUUCUAAAGAAAUGCAGGAAUUUGCUAACUGAUUGCAGAAGAUCUCAGUCUAAAAUAAAAGCUGAAACAUUCUGUGUGA